AUGCGUCUCCCAUCAGCCGGCCUCGCGGCCCUGCUCUGGAGCACCCUCAGCUCCGUGACGACAGCCUCCCCCGUCGCCGACAACAUCAACAUCAAUAACAACAACAGGCCGAUGCCUGUCCUUCGCCCACGACAGACGGGCGGCGGCACCGGAGCCACGCCGACGCCGACGCCGACGACGGCAGCGACGACACCCACGACGGCGACUUCGGCGACGGGAGAAGAGGAGGCCACGACGACCGUCACAAUCACGACGACCGUCGGCGGCACCGGAGGCGGCGGCGUGGUGACGGCGACGACGGUCUUCCUGCGCACCAUCACGACCACGGUCCUCGUCACCUCGACCAGCUUCGAGACCACGACCGUCACGAGCAACGACGUCGCCACCGCCACCGUCACGAACUACGUCACCUCGACCGUCCUCGCGAGGCGCAGCCUCCAGGUCCUCCCCCUCGACGCCCCCGUGCCCGCUGCCGUGCCCGCCGCCGGAAUCACGCCGGCCGCCGUCGCCUACUACGACGACCUCCUUGUCCGCCGCAAGCACGCCUUCGUCGAGAAGCGCGCCCUCGUCACCGUCGUCGUCACCGUCACCGGCUCCGCCGCCGGCGUAUCGACCGUCCUCAACACCCGCACGAGCACCGUCGUCUUCACCACCACCUCCAACACCGCCAUCACCUCCACCCUCACCUCAACUCAGUUCAACAACGCCCAGACGACAAUCACCGUCGAGUCCACACUGACCGUCACCUCGACCUCCAUCGACACCGCCUCGCCCAGCACCGUCGACACCGGUCCCACCACCGGCAGCCUCGGCACCGCCACCCAGACAGAGGGCGCCCAGAGCACCGGCGGCUCCGGCAGCUCCGGCGAUGGAUCGGACGGCCUAUCCACCGGCGCAAAGGCCGGCAUUGGCGCCGCCGUCGGCGUCGUCGGCCUCGCCGCGCUUAUCGGAGUCGCGUGGUGGGCCUACAGACGCCACAAGGCGAACCGCCCCAGCCGCUCCGACCUCGACGACAUGCGCGCCUACGACCCCAACGGCCCUUCGCCCCUUCACACGCCCGCCGGCAUGUCCGAGACCACGGGCGGCUUCGGGGGUGCCGGAGCGGGCACGAUGAGACGGCAGCCCGUGCCGAAGCACCAGCUCUCGCCGCCCUCGCAAAGCGUCAGCCCGCUCUCGAACCAGACGGUGUCGCCCGCCAACGACUUUGGCGCUGGGGGAGGAUACGCCAGGCCGCCGGCGGGCGGCGCGCAGGAGCUCGGCGGCACGAGGAUCAUGCCGGCCGAGAUGGGCGGCGGCGAGGUCGUCGAGAUGGGCGAUUCGCAACCGAGGCCGCAGCAGCCGCUCCAGCACACGCCCGCGCCGGGCAUGGCGUAUAACUCGGGCCCCGUCCCGGACGUGUAUGAGAUGCCCUCCGAGAGGUAUCGGUGA